AUGGAUGAGCAGGUGAAUCCUUUAGAUAGGGACCAUUGUCUCUCAGUGGUCCUGCCAGGCGGACUGGAGAAGCAAACCACAGUGCAUGGAAGGUAGGCAAUGUUAGAAGCUCAGGCAUGGAUAGAUAUUGUGCAAGAUUGUAAUCUGACUUGUUUAGUAUAUUUUUUGAUGAUGGAUUGACUUUUUACUCAAAAGUAAACCCACGCUAAGAGCAGGAGAGGCAACCAGGUUGAGAUUUUGACUGUUCCUUGUCCUUCUUAAAGUGUCCCUCAUACUGUCUUGUAUCUUUUUGUUUAAAAACCAAGAAACGUUAAAAUAGUUUCCCUGAUAUUAUUGGUGUUUUUCUUUGUAAAAAGUUGAGAACCUUUGAGAUCCUUUCCAACAUCCAGAUCCAGGUUAUUUAUGGUCAUUCACUUUCUUUCACAUUCCUCCCUCUUAAUAGUACCCCAGUGAUGGACCUACUCGUGACCCUUUGUGCAAGUUACCACCUGAACCCAUCUGAUUACACUGCAGAGAUUCUCUCGCCCAACAAGAACCACAUCCGCUUCAAACCCAACUCUCAGAUCGGCUUGCUAGAAGCGGAAAAGAUAGUGCUGAAACCCAAAGGGGUGGAGGAGAAGAUCAGGAGGCCGUACAUGCCUGAGGUGGGGGAAAAUGAAGAAACAAAGUUAUACAUGACUUGAUAAUUUCCUUUUGGCUAAUUAUAGAUAUUCAAUAUUCAAACUUGUCUCUGCAGCCAUCCGUGCGCCUGCUUAUCAACUACAACAAGUAG